AUGGUAAGGAGUCACUUUGUUUUGGAAUUUACCAGCAAGCAAAAAGAUCCGUAAUUUGUGUCAAGUCUUAACAUCCAUUUGGUUGAUUCUUCAAAUAUGAGAGAUAAUAUAAGUAUAUCCCAAUUUGUCAUUCAAUCAUAUCUUUAUUUGACUGUAAAUGUAAUCUGAUUGUAAGUGUAAAUAUAAACCUGAUGCCAUAAAGACUCGUCCAUGUGAUGUGUGUUAUGGUUAUGAAGUCAUUCUUCUCUGGCGCAGGCGCUUUUGGAAAAACCCGUUUCUUGGUCAAUAUGAAGCCACUGCGCUGCUUGUGUUAGUGCGCCCCCAAAUCGCUUCAUGGAUAUUCACUGACGGAGAAACUCACCUGCGGACGUCCGGGGAUAAUAUCGAUACACGUGUUUCUUUCUGAAAAUACAAGAUGGAUUCACACUGAGGACAAUUUCAACGUCGACGGUCGACAGUUGUGUUGUGGAUACAUUCUAGGUAGGUCGCCUUCCGCCACCCGGCACCGCUCUUUUACAGCCAGGACGCGAGGGGCUACAUUGCUAAUAGCACUAUCAGGCAGUCAAUGGGCAGAAGCUAGCGCGUCGCUAUCAAGCAGAAAGCAGGUGGUUGUACGCUUUUUAGGCCAGCAGCAAGACCCGCCUAGCUAACGUAAGCUAACUGGCAGGCAGUGGCGCUAUUUGUCCCGGCCUGGUAGCUCUCCAACCGGCGUCACACCGAGCUAACGCAGCUGGGGGGUUUAGCACAGCCAGUAGCGGCAAUGACCAAAUGUUAGAGGCGGAGAAAUUGUCAACAAAUAUUAAACGCAGGGUAUUGAUAGCUGUAUCAUGUUGACUGCUUGAUAAAUCUAUUUGGGUUUUAUUUAUUUGUAUCAACGGGGCGAAAAAUAUAUUUUUAAAAAGCCGUGACGUGGAUCCAUCAUCGGUUAACGUCUCCCUGGUCAAGGAUCAGCUAACGUCAGCUAACUAGCAAGCUAACAAAGAGCUAUCGCUCCUCCUUGCUUUGUAUGCUCGGUGUUGUCAUCUCAAAUGUCUGUGGUUUCACGUAUCAGUCGGUGAAGAAGUAGGUAUGUACGACUAGGUUUUCUUAGAAAUAAAAUAGCGGUCUAUCUCGGCGCUGUGUGCUGUUUUGUUAAGAUGCAUGGUAACAUUGGUAAAGUUAUCAGUUAUGGUUCUGACAUUGAGGUGGCUCGCGCUGGAAAUGGCUGCAAACAUCGUAGGGUUAAGAUGUCAAAAUUACUCAUAAUGUCAGUUUUAGGUUAAGAAGACAUAACAGACGUCGAAAAGCUUAACUAUCAGUACCAAGUGCAACGCAGGUCAUAUGGAAAGUCAUGUGUGGUUUAUCUUUUUUUUUCUUUUUGCAUGCAUGCACCGACUACAUGUUGCAAGGUUGUGAAGACCAAUUAAUUAUUGUUAAACCUACAGAGACCGUUUGAAAAGCAGUCAGCGUGUUAUUAUUGAGACUAUUUAACUUCUUAAAAUGUGGAUAGUCUUCCUAUUUCUGCAGAAUACUUCGACUUCAGUAACUUAUCCCCAUUGAAUUAAUAAGUGUGAUGCGUUUAUAGGUUAGUAUAUGAAAUGCAUAUGGAAUUUUUCAUAUUGUUAUAUCUAAAUUUAGCAUUUAGUAUAAAUGGUAGUACUGCUCAUGUCUGACAGAAAACUCAAAAUGUCUAUAUGCAUACUUGCAGCAAAGGUGCAGCAAUAAUAUGCCCCUCAGCACAUAUCCUGUGAAGAAACAGCAAAUAUAUAUUUUUUCUUUCUUUUAUUUAAAGUGUGACAUAAAUUGAUCUGAAAAUUAUGCGCAGUGUGUAAAAUACGCGUCAACCAACUUAUGAGGAAGUGUGUGUUCUACUGUGCAGUGCUGUUUUUAGCUGUGCUUGAAAGCAAUGGCAUUUAAUUUAUUGUGUACUGUAAAUUCUACUUGCAAAUACUAUUGUUGUUAUGUUACAAAUCUUGUUGACAUUUGACAUAACAUUAGUGACUUUGUAGACACAUAAAUAUAUGCUUUCAUUUUCCUCUUGCAGUGAGACUGGAGCAGAGCAGACUCAGAGUGUCUGGCGAUCCUGUGUCCUCCAAGAGAACGACGUUGGGUACCUGUCGAAGGCUGUGUGUUUUUGUUCCUCAGCAGUUAUUCCUUAUGCUCAACAGAAGCUGUACCCUGUGUCUUACAGGAUGGAUGAUGUAGACUUAAAGAAGCCGGUGUAUCUUUGUCAGCGCUCUGUGUUCAGCUGUGGUGUUGAAUCUUAUACCAUAUACAAGAGAACACCUCCCAUCCUACACCUCCAGUCCCUGCGCUUUAUAAAUAAAGACUGUCUUUAGGACAAAAGAAACAAAAGGCUGAGAUAGAAGUUGCACAACUUUCUAUCUUUUUUCUUUUGAAAGAGCUGACCAGUACUGCUUGCAUAAGCUUAUAUGGAAGACAUGGAACUACCUUUAUUUUAACUUUUCGGUUAUUUUACCCCCUUUCUCUUGGUGUGGGUGGUGGGAUGUCGGAAAAGCCAGACAGCAAAAUGGUGAAGUUCCUGGCUCCCCCUCAGAAGAGUGGAAUUGGCCCCAGUUCUGGUUCAGAUUCGAUGGUGAAUGAAUGCCGGCCAGCAGAAGUGAGACGCCGGCAUCAUACCAUGGAACGUGAUAGAUGUAACCCUGAACACCGUUUCCUACGUCGUAGUGUCAUCAGUGAUUCCAAUGCAACAGCAUUGGCUCUACCUUUACCCAGCAAAAUCCCUAUCCCUGCGCCCCAAAGGGUUCAACCACGGGAAGCAGUUCCCCAGCGGCAUCAGGCUGCUGCCACUGCCCAUUUGCCGAAGGCUGAACCAAGCUUAGCUCUUAACAAGGAGUCUGCUGCCAGUGAAAGAGGACAAGACGGAAAAGAAAUAAAAAUAGCAGAGGUGAAUGUAGUGCCUUCGGAGCAGGAACCAGCUACUGUACAAGAUAUCUGUGAUGGAGAGGUGGUGAUUGCAGCCAACUCAGCACCAUGCUUGGGGACUGAAGUGCCAAGUCAAACAGAACCUGAAAGCACGACUGAAGUGAAGGUACAGCAUGAAGAAGAAGGUGAAGAAGGAGAUAAGGAGUCUGCCAAGGCACGAGCAGAGGCAGAGCAGAGGGAAGCAGAGAAAAGAGUCCAGGAGGAUAUUGAAGAGGCAGAGACCAAAGCAGUGGGAACAUCACCUGAUGGGCGUUUCUUAAAGUUUGAUAUUGAAAUUGGACGUGGCUCCUUCAAGACUGUCUACAAGGGCCUGGACACAGAGACCACAGUGGAGGUGGCUUGGUGUGAGCUCCAGGUAUGAAAUAAAUUAUAACUACCUAGUAAUUACUUUUCAUCAAUGCCCUUGCUAUCAGCCUUUAUUAGUCCUGAAUGUAAUUUUCUUCAACUGUGUCAUUCCCAGUUUAUGAAUGUCCAGCUAGUUUCUUCGUUACCGGCCACAGAGGCUAUUUGCUGUUUUAAGGCUUGAUAGACAUGGAGAAGUACAAUCAAGUGUCUUUUCUAUAAUAAGCAUCCUUGAGCCACAUCCUCUGUCAUUUCCCACGUGAGACACGAGACCAGUAUUUCUCUUUUGAUAUUUCCUUUUAUAUUUGUUGGCAAAGAAAUCACAGUGUUUGCCUGUUUCCCCUCCUCAUUUUGGUUCUGCUUAUUAUAAAUCUUUUGGUACAGUUUUACUCAACUCAGUUGCCACGUUUCAGAUUCAAAAUUUGGAAGUGUACUACAACUACUUGGAAUACAGUGUAGGGUAUCAAGUAGUGAGCCAGUUGCUGCAUCAUCCAAUACCGGAUUUCAUGUGGUAAUAGCCCCCCAAAAAUCUUCAUUUUGAGCCGGUUUUCUCUUUUUAGGUUACUGUCUGAAAUAGCAUAGCAAACAAUUAUCUCUCAUUGGUAUUAGAAAAUAUUAAUAUAAGUCAAAACUGGCCAAAUGUCAGCGGUAUUUUGAGUCAGAUAUUUAAAUUUGAUACGAUGAUUUACACUUGUAGGGUGCAAUAUGAAGCAAGGCCGUAUCAAAAGUUACUGUCCUCGAACGUCUUAGUAAGUCUUGUUAUAUAUUUUUUAAACAACAUUACGGGUGGAGGUGCUUUACUCAGCAUUGGUCAAUACACAGGUCUGGGUCAGCACUGGGAAGAAAAGUUGGAGGCUGUCAAGACUGCAUCUGUUUAGCAAGGAGUGUCUGGCAUUGGCACAAUGACUGAAGUUACUGAGGUUUGUGUAAUUGUUUUAACACUAUGACUGAGGGUGACACAUCAGUCACUGUAAUUCAGGUUUUGCCUUUUUAGGUAUUCAUGGGAAUGUCUGCCCAUGUCCACUUCUUAUACUGGACUUUCCCUCGGACAUGCUCAGCUUGAUUAUGUACAGUGUGAUGAUAACACCUUUGGAAAAUGUAUCCUGUCUAAGUUAGCUUACUGAUUAUGUGAAUACCUCUUUUUUAAACACAUCCAUGGGUCUAUAUUGUCUUUGAUGUUUUAGAAUUACUUGUAUACAGAGGUUGAUUUUCAAAGCUGUUUCCUUGCGUUAUCUUAAAUUUUUGUGUUUAAGGGUUUACUGUUUUUUCUGAAAUCUCCCAAAGACCAAUGAUGAGUGAUUUAAAUGCUUCUAAAAAAAAGUAGCCCUGCUGUCAGUCCAGUGAAAGUAGCUCCAUGGCCCACAGCGAGGUCUGACCCCAUUCACGUCGUGAAUGUUUGCUUUUACUGUCACGCUUUUACUCUGCCAUGAGAGGCAAAGGCCUGACACGGCAGCGGCGAAAACCAGAGCUCCGCAUGCACUCUGGUUUCAGAACAAUGUGAAGAUUACAGACACGUGCCCCUCCCCCCUCACACAGAGCAAAUCAAGCGCAUGCUCAGUGCAUUCCUGCUCUGAAUGCCUGUGUGAAUGUAAAAUGGGUCACAUUCCUCAUAGAGGAAUCUCCUGUGUGAAGCGCAGAAGACUGGCCUGCCAAGGCCUGCUCCUCAACUAUUGGUCCUCCUCACACCCUUUUGACUCUUAAACACUGUCCAAACCAAUAUUCGACCUACUUUUAUUUAGUUAGUGUUAUAUCAUAUUAUUAACCGUUUGAUAUUAUACAUCUGAGUUGUGUUCUGCUAUGCUAGGUUUUUUUUCUGUCUACCCUAACACAGGUCAUUCACUGCCAAGUGUUGACGUAAAGUUUGAGAAAUUUCUGAAUUUCUUUCUAAAGAAUAAGGAAUUAAUUUAUCAGCUGUAACUGAGGUAAUGAUCAGUUUAUAGAAAGUGUAAAUGGGUGAGAGCUGACUGACUCUCUUUUUUAGGAUCAGCUAAACUUGGGGUUUGAAUUAUAGACUAAUCCAGUACAAAGAAUUGAUUUAUGGCUGUGCUCACACUGAAGGAGAAACCGCUUUGUUUUGUGGAUAUGGUCUGCUCUGAUAUUCCAACUUGUAACCUGAUACCUUCUCUCUCUCCCCUUUGUUUCUCUGGGUACUCAAACAUUUCAGUAGUGAAAACUGUUAAGCUACACCCUAGAAGCUGAAAUCCCCUCACAUGUAAAUGAAAGCUGUCCCAUGAUCAACCAACUGCUACCGUUGAAGUCUUCCUGCACCCAGAGGGCAUGUUUCGGAGAGUAGUAAAGUUUAAGUUUAGUUUCAGUUGCUCAGUAUAUUUUCAAAACUGUAUUUGAUCACAGACACUUAAAAGAAUAUUUUCCACUCUUCUUCCUAAGAGCAAACUAAUUCGUCAAAAGGGACAUAGUUUAAAAAAAGAGAGCAGAGGCUCAUCAGUUGAUUUACUUCUUGUUUUGUUUCCUGUUGAUGCUGGAUCAGUGAUGCAGAAAGUCAUCAGCCUUUCCACAUGCUUGCUCAGAGCAAAUUCAGUAUCAUCUGGUCGCAGCAUUAGUUUCUUUGCCUGUAUGUUAAUGCAACAAGUCCGACAGGUUUUCCCUUUCAAAAUUCUCAAGGGAGAGUUUGACAAAAUCUAAAGUUUGAGCUGAAAGUGCUCCGAAAAAAAGUGUGAAUCAUUUGUAAAAUUUAGCUGAUGGUGUUUCACUGAUCCUGAAGUCUUAACACCUCAAAAGCAAAGAUACCCCCAUAACUCAAACUCAAACUGGAGAGAGACUUGCAGGAUUUUAGCAGCUUGUUCUAAAUAUGUGCUGUCAUAAGCUGAGGUGAUAGAAAGUGUGGUACCACACGUUCUGACAAGUCUUAGAGUUAUUUCCCUCUGGACCAGAGUGUUAGAUGGUUUAAAAAAGUACUUUACUUCUGCUCCCCUCAAGCUACCACAGCUAAAAUCUUCAUGUUUAGUUUGAAUAAAAUUGUCCUGGCUCGCUCAGUGUGGUAGGCCAUCCGUCCGCAAUUGUCUAAGAAUUUUUAGGUGUCCACCCUUUCUCACCCACCCUUGAACCCACACAUUUGUUAUGGAUCUCGCAUUGCAGGCAUGUCUGAACAAUAAGUAGGUCACCACAGAGAGGAAGUCAAGGGAGGGGAAAAAAAAGAGAUUAAAUUUAGGAACCUCCCCUUUCUUGCUCACUCAUCCAUUUUCGACUAUGUCAUCCUCUGCUUGUUUCCCCACCUCCUUCCUCUGCAGUAGUGACUCAAGCCAGACAUUGAAAGUUGAGGAUGAGAACCCCAGGCAUCCUGUAAAAGCUGCUCGUCCAGCUGGCAGGUGGACAUAGGCUGCCAGUGACUCACUCUCAAGUAGUGCAACAAAGGGAUUUAUACAUUUAAAGUGCUUAUUUUUAACUGUUAAAAGCAACAAAUGUGAGAAAAGUUAACUUUUCCGAACAAACCAUGCAGUAGACAUCUUCAUGACCAAAUACUAAAAGUCAAGGGCCAAACACUAGUCCUUGUGCUAGUCUUUACUUUUAACCAUUAAUAGGUGAAUUGUCAGUACUGUAUCGCAUUUUAAAACAUGAGAAUCAAACUAUCCCUCAUAUUUUUUUGGUGAUGACUGCAUUUAUCCUGUUAAAGCUGCAGUACUGUGCAUUAGGAAGCACCAAGGGCUGUGGAUUUGGUUACUAAAUCUUCUACAACAGUUAUAUUUACAGUUUUAACUCAGAGGAAACUCAAAUGUAAUCAGUGAGUUACUGGACGUUAGUCAAAAAAAAGCAGACUUGAAAGCUGGCUAUGCAUAUCGCGGCUUUAAAAAUAGAGUGGAAACAUGAACUGACACAGUUAGCUGUUAAGUGUGAUUCUGUGGCCUGGUUUUCGUCUUACUGUAACCAUGCAGGAGGUUGUGACCUUUAAGCAGUUUCCAUUUUUCUCUGCGUAACUAACCCAGAUUUUUGUAGUGAGUAUGCAGUUUUGACACAAAGUCCAUUUUGAUCCCCUCAAAAAUAUCAAAUGAUAAAGAUGGUUUUGAAGGGAUUUGAAAUUUAAUCACUAACUAAAAAUAAGAAUAACUUUAUCUUAUCCUCGAAGGGGAAUUUAAUAAACACACAAACCCACAUAUUGACAGGCAUGUUUCAAGGGUUUUUCCAAUCCAUCUACCUAUUAUCUAAAUAACGUGCAGGAACAAAAUCAAUUCUGAUUAACUUUGUAUUUAAUUUGGCCCUGCAGGGGAUGCAAAGUCUUUGUUCAUCAGAGCUAAAAUGGGUCUUGGCUGUUGCUUCUAAACAGCCUGACGUGUAUUUUUAUGGGUCAUUAACUACCAGAUCAAGAUUGUGGUUCUUCUGAGUGAAUCAGCAGAAACUCUGUCUCAAUCUGUCUGAAUUGGUUUGGAGGGCGCUUGUGCCUGCUGUAAUGAUAAAGAAAGACUAGACUGUAGAGACAGGGGGUCUGUUUGCAGCUAAGUAUAUAAACUGAUUAGAAGUCAGCAGACUUAGGCUCAUGUCAAAAAAACAACAACUUUACAUAGAGAGCAGAAGCAGCCAGAACAGAGUUCACCUUAAUGACUCCCUGGCAUCUUGCCUUCACUCGAAACAAGUUUUAAACACGUUUUUUUUCCCUCUCCUCCCAUGGACAAUCCUUAAGUACUUCCAUUUGAAUCUGUAAAUCUGAAUCAUGAAUCUGGUAUUUGCAAGUGAAUCACAAAAACACUGUUUGUUGUUGUUGUACUGCUGAGUUAAUACUCUGUGUAAUUUAUUAUCCGAGACAACACAAACUUGAUUAUUGGACGCUACCUCAGGGGAUGUAAUACAAGAGGAAAUCAAGGAAGUCUGUGUUACAAAGGUAAAUGACUAACAGACGAGGAAGUCUUGGUCAGAAGUUCUUGAAUGCAGCAAACUAAACCUAAAAUGCAGAGAGGUUAGAGCCCAAUAGACACACAUCUUUGUCAGACAAUGAUAGAUGAUGAUGAUGAUGAUGAUCCCUCAUGCACUUUUCUUUUCUUGGGUCGUAUCUUUAAGGUUUACUUUUUUUGAGCCCCUUAUUUUCUUAGCCUUCACACUAUCUUGUUUUGGUAUGUGACAUGAUAGGUCAACAGAGAAACCGUCUAUUUGUAACUAGCUAAAAGGAGGCAGGUCAUGGCAGAGAGGAGACAGACACAUUGUUAUUCAUCAGUUGGUUCUCACUGGGUGCUGGUGUACUGGUACAAUAGUCCAGUUAAAUCACUGAGCUGUAAUCGUAGCUUGACUUAGCUGCAUUUAGAUGAGACGCAGACAGUCCCGGUGGCCUUUUCCCUUUUUUUUUUUUUAGAGUGUUAUGAAAAAAAAAAACAGGAAUGUCUGUACAGAUAAGUAUGACGCUCUUAAUGUGAUACGUGGAAUAACAUUUAAAAUGGAGCUUAUCUAACUUGACUUCUUGCUUAAAGACCUUUCCCUGUUAGCCACACCUGAACCAAUGUUAACCGUAGAGUUCAGCCUAACCCUCAGUGUCAACCUCAGAGCUGUCUCCGGAGCAGGGACCUGACAGUGGCAGCCCUUGGCAUGAUCGCGAGCUUUUUUUCACUCAGUCUAUUUUUAGGGUUGUUGAGUUAUUUAUGAUGGCCUUUGCCUGGAAGCAGUGUUUUCAGCUCUCCUUUAGUCAAGCUGUUGUUAACAGGCAUUGGAUUUAUUUUAUUGACCAUGAUUCAGACAGAUUUAACGUACUUAAAAUUGCAACUUCAUGAAACAGCAUUGCUUGAUGAGAUUAAAACUUACUCGUGAAUAUUGAUUUGGAUUUCGUCCACCUUCAUGCAUUGCCCUGGUUCUACCUUGAGUUAUGCUAAUCCAACAAACAGAAGCUUUUGAAUGGUGUGUAGCAAUUUUGUGACACCUCCUUUAACUUGAAGAUGCCCCAAUUGCAAGAUUUGACAAAGGUCUUCUCGUCUGUCUAUAUAGAACCACAUCGCUCCUUCCUUUAAUUCUUUAGUUGGACUUUCUGUUUGAUCAAGUUAAACUUUGCAAUUAUAAAAUUUCAACUACAGCAGGUACUCCAGUUUGACUUACUUAACUGUGCAUCAGCUUGUUAAAGAACAUGAUCUCUGAUUAGUGUUGUGCUGACUCUGCAGAGAUGUCUAAAGAAAGUGCUGAUAAGUUUGAUUGAAAGAUAUAACCCUGAGGAUUUUCAACCAUUGUAAAUAUUUACGUCGAAUGUAGGCACUUUUCUCUCACAUGAGCUAUGGACAAGUUGUUUGUGUAUAUUGUGUAUAUUUAACAUGUAAAUAUCUGCAAGUGUAUUCUUCCCAGUCUUCCUUUCCCUUACUUUAUUUAUCUUUUCAAGGGCAGUUUUACAGCUCUAAGUAAUGAUACAACAAAAAUAUGGCCGAGGCUCCAGUAGUUUACAGCUCCUAUGUUAGCUGACUUGUUGCCCUUCUGUCGAAGAGAAGUGCUGUUAUUUAUUUACAGUUGCAGUUUCCACCUGAGUGCCAUCAGAUAAGUUUCCUUAUUUGUGAGCAAUUAAAACUCCUCCCUCAAAUUAGUAUGGAGAAUAUUGUAGGACCAUCAGCCACUUGAAAGGAUCCUCACAGAACCUGUAGGAGAGCUUCAGAAUCAUAUUUUUGGCUUUGAAUUUAUGCACAUUCACAAAUACACAGAGGAUAUAACAGCACAAGAGUCAAAAAGUAAGACUGAAGUUAGAAAGAAAAUAGUCAAAGAAAUGAUUAAAAAUAAAAUCAGAUCAAUACAGAAUCGAUAAAAGAUGUAAGGGUGGAAGAGAAAGAUAAAAUCUGUGAGAGCUAAAAUGACUCGGAUAAAUAACAGAAAAUAAAAGUAUGGUUGAAACAAUGAUGAAGAAUGCAGUCCAAGCUAAAAAAGAAACUCCUAAAUCAAAAGCUGGAUUCAAGGACCAGAGUGUUUGAGCUGCAACACCAAAUGAAAGUAGAUCUGUUAUGUAGCAGACUGUCUAGAACUUUUAAAACAAAUAAAAGCUUUCAAAUCCAUUCAGGCUGCCAGGGAGUUUUAAGAAGAAGAGUUAAAACUCUGUCAGCAGCCUCCUGAACAAACUGUGAGUUAUCAAGAGACUAAAGAGUGACAUUAAACCAAAUAACGCUGGUGAUAAAGGUAUGAGUUAAAAUUUGUUUAAAAAAAAAAAAAAAAAAAAAGGUAUGAUCUGUUUCUGAGAUGAUAAAAUAAAGUAAAUUUACAUCCUUGGUAAAAUGGGCAAAAAAUUCAAUCUCAAUUUAAAAACCCUCCCAAAUUUGAAACAUUUGUUGUAAUCUUUUAAUGGGCAUACUCACUUUUGUCAGUCCGCACCUUUUGGCACAUUUAACCCCUCAAGUCCAGUUUGUUCAGUCAAACAAAAACAACUGGAUAAAUCCUAACCCUUAAUUUCAAAAGAAGGAGUGGGAAGACAAUAAAAAUGUGAUUCCCGUGCUGGCAGAAAGGGGAAUUAAUGACUGAAUGGAGCGUGACGGGUGUGAGUAAAUCAGUGCACAAGGAUGGUGUUGAUCAGCGUUACAGUCUCUGAGUAGUUCUCAGACUAUAAUGCAAGUUUCACCAUACUGACUAGUGGACCCAGUGGAUGCACCCCUAGGACUGUUCUAGGAGGCCUUUUCUAUUUUAACCCGUAAUAGUUCAUUAAGAAACUGUUUUCAUUCUUCAUUUUAGUUAGUUAUUAGUUAUUAGUUAGUUGUCUUUCUAAUGUCAAAGACUUCGUGAUUGCAUGUCGGUACAGAAAGAAUCAGAGUUGGUGGAGUACUUUCUUUUCAGAAGUUGAGGUAAAUUUCUACAUUUUUCAGCUAGCUUGGACUUGUUAAAGGACGACAUCAGUUGUAAAGGAGGUAUCUGUUUAGCAUGUGCUCCUAAUGAAAACGCUGCUAACAGUCAGUGCAGUACUUUGGUAUUUGUGGGGGUUGGUAUCCCUGCACACCCUGGAGCUAGUAGCUAUUAGUUAGGCUAUGAAUGAUGACUGACUGAUGGUGAGUGUGCAAGAUUUUUCACAUGUUGUGCUGAAAGACAAAGAAGUACCACAAGAUCAACACUCAGGAAAGUAGGUUAUGUGGUCUGACUGUACAAUGGAGCCUCCAUGACUCCACAUCUUUCAUCAGCUGCAGUUUUCUGACAUUACUCUCUGAUUCACUGUCCUCCUUUUUCCUAAAGCUCUUCAAUGUUUACAUGAUUACACUUAAUUUCUGAUUCUGUUUGACAAUCUAGUCUUGAGUUACUGAAAAGACUCAGCCACAAACUUUUAUAAAGUACUUCUAGUCAGGGCUGUGGCUGUAUCAAGUUUGAUCUUCUCAAAGAAAUGUCAGUAACUGGAAACGUUUCUAUCUCUCGCUGACACACUAAGGCAAAUGCUCUCCACUCACAAAUGGUCUGAAUUUCCUGGACAGCCUGGCCUGGGUCCAGGUCUCUGGGGGUUUCAAGGGAGGCCUAUGGCUGCAUGGUUUAACUGGGCUUGUCUUGUUGGUAUGGGUUUGCUGUGAAUGUAGGUCACGCCAGGAAUUAGUCAGGAAAUUUGAGGAGGGCGGCUGUACGCAUUCCAGAUUUUUUGGUGAAGUCACAGACCCCGCAAAAGGCAUUCUUGCUAGUGCCUAUUUCUGUAUCAGUCUUUUAAAUCCCAGCGAGCAAAUAAAGGGAUCAGCUCUGCAAACGUUGUCUGUAAAUCAUAAAUCAUCCGGCUUCCAUACAUUAACACUCUGAAAGUCAUUGCUCUGUUGGGCAAUGAUAGCAUUAUACCAGAUCCUGUUGGUAUUUCAGGACUAGGCAAUAGAUCCUUGUUAAUUUUCAUCACACUCUGUCACUGCUGAUAUUGUUAGUGGUGCUUAACGGUGUUUCUGGGGGUUGACUCGAAGAGAGAGUCUGGCCAGAAUUACGCUGUUUCAAACAGUUAUCUUUUUGCAUGUAAUGGUAUUUGUUAAGCACUAUAGAGGAGUAUUUCCUACAUAUAAACUCAUGGUUGUCAACUGUAAUGGUGUAUUCUUCCUUAUACAGUGAUAAUGUAUGUUUUUAUUCGCCCCAAACUGUUGAAACUUUUGGCUGAAUGGUUUUCCUGUUAGGAUAAUUGUAGCAUAAGCUCUAAAGUAGAUCAUUAAUUAAGCGUUCUUGCUUUUAUAUAAGUUGCACAAGCUUUUUAAAUUAACUUUUAUUUGAAUCUUAAUCCUGUUAUUGCUCUUCAGUCUUGUUUUACUUUAAAAUCUGGGGCUGAACUACACAAAUCCCUCAGCUGUGCUGUGUGUACAUAAAGAUAUUGAUGUCAAGAUAAAACUGAACAAUCACUUUCAAACUCUCAGAGGCUACUUUGUUUAAUUGCUUUAAAUCAGACUGAGUAGAUCUAUAAAUAGAUCUGCUUACUGUGAUGUUAAAACUUCAAUUAUUUCCUUUCAUCUCUUACAGGAUCGCAAGCUGUCAAAGACGGAGAGGCAGCGCUUUAAGGAGGAAGCAGGGAUGUUAAAGGGGCUGCAGCAUCCCAACAUUGUCCGCUUUUAUGACUCUUGGGAGGGACCAUCCAAAGGCAGGAAGUGCAUUGUACUGGUCACUGAGCUCAUGACAUCUGGCACACUCAAAACGUGAGUUUCCUAACAUGGCAGCGUCACUAAACACAUCAGUCCACAGUUUCUGCAGCGCUUAAUUCAAGGUUUCUCCAGACUAGAGCUGUUGUAACACACUGGUAUUGAUGGUAGCAGUUUAAAAAAUUAAACAAUAUAGUGCCUAAAAUAAGCACACACUGAAAUAAGUUUACAGUAUAAUCAAGAGACAGACAAAGAAGAAGAAGGAGCAGCAGAAUAAGAAGACUCGGCAACCAGACAGAGUUUUUGUCAAAUGAGAAGUUUCCAUCACAAGGCUGGUGAGGCGGAUAAAACAUAACUCUAAAGAUCAUUAGAAAUGGAUGAUCAAUCAAUCUACCAAACUAUUGAUGCAAACGGUGUCUUUCCUUCCCUUAACUUGACUGGUAGGGCUGUUCUUUUUCCCAAGUUUUCUAUAAAUGUAUGAACUUUCACAGCAACCCUGAGAUGAAAAUCUGAAAUCAUGACAGCCCUGCUCUGAACGAUAACUCCCUUGUCCCGUAAAUGUGAUUUAAUAUGUCAGAAUGUAACAGCUUGUUUUUAAGUUUAUUAUCCAUCACAGUCAAAUACAGUUUAUUUAUAUAUUCAUAUUUCUGAUUAAGACUUGUUCAGAAUCGUGUUUCACCGUAUAAAUGUGAAUAUUGUGAUCCACGUCUUUUAGGUAUCUGAAGCGGUUCAAGGUGAUGAAAAUUAAAGUGCUGCGCAGCUGGUGUAGACAAAUCCUCAAGGGGCUUCACUUCCUUCAUACUCGAGCUCCUCCAAUCAUCCACAGAGACCUGAAGUGCGACAACAUCUUCAUCACUGGCCCAACAGGAUCCGUGAAGAUUGGAGACUUGGGACUGGCCACCCUAAAGCGUGCAUCAUUUGCCAAGAGUGUUAUAGGUACGACUCCUAGUGCUGUUUCUACUUCCUGCUUCCUGCCUUGCUGUGGGACAGCAGGUUUUUUUUUUUUAUAAGGUCAUGCUUUGUGUUUAAGAUGAUUGUGUUUAAAGAGGGUAAUUCCUUUGAUAGUGUGGUUCCAAAACAGACCACAGCGUUUCAGCUGUCCCUCAAACCACAGCUCAAAUGGAGGCCAAAUAUUGUGGUGAUCUAUGUCAGAUAACCACAAGGCUUACUGUCUUUGCACUUACACAGCAACCUUUCAAGUUUGCUCACUGUACAGAGUAUUUCUGUUCCAUGUUUCUCCAAAAAAAGGAGAGGGUGUUUUUUUUCCAGGCAUCUACUGACUGUAAGUAGCGCCUAGUGUUCUUCAUAUUGUUAAAUAUUACCAUCAUUAUUUAAAACGAUGUCAUGCCUUCUUGCAGGCGAACCCGGCCAUGGCUCAAGUUAUGGCCUUUUGUUUCUGUCUUAGACUGGUCUUUGUUCUGUGGUUUGGAAAUAUGUGGUCUGUUUGCAAGUUUUACCAAUAAUGUUUAACAUCUCUUUCUAUGGAUUUGCCUCAACAGGUUUUUUUUUCCUAGUGUGUGUCUCUUACUGUCUCUUAAGAUAUUGCAGGACAGCAGAGUCUUUUUGCUCCGUCUUUGUCCAGGGAGCUCUCCCCACUUUCCCUUUGUCAGCCUCUCUGUUUCUUUUUAUUUGUUUUGUUUUGUUUUUUAUUCUUAUUUGUUUUUUUUUUCACAUUCCUGGGCAUGUUUUUAAAAUGUAGGCUCUAGCUUCAGCUGUGCCCCAUUCUGCUGUUUGGAAUGAAUAGGGUACUGCUUGUCAUUGAGUAAGUAUGAACUUUUGUGGGCCUGGUAAGUCUGACAGUGUGCUGUAACACACAUCAAUAUCAAAAGAACAUUUACAACCAAAAUGAGUUUUUCUGUGUAAGACCUGAGAUUAUACGUAAAGAGAGAUCAGUGAAUAGAGUAAUGCUGAUGUGCAUAGACACACUGCUGGGUAGAGCUACUAGCUAUGGGACCUGCUUCACUCAGCCUUGAAUGUAACGCUUUCCUCCUGCAGGUCAAAAGGAGAAGGUGAGUCACACUUGGAAAGGUGAGUGUAAAACGAAAGGAAAUGUUUCAGAGGUUGUGAGGUCUUGACAAAAGUUACUUCCAUAGCUAGUCCUAUUACUCAAGCACAGCUCAUUGGUGCCGCUCUGUUCAAACUGCACUGGGAUAGACUCCCAUAGGCCUCAUUUAGAUCUUUGUUUUUCACUAAGAUUAUAAAUUGAAGUUGGCCUACAGGUGUGUUCUGCACAUUGGCAGUCUUAGUCAUAUUUUGCACAUUUUUAAGGUCUUACACAGACAAACAAGUGCUUUCGUAUCUACAGUCUAACUGAGCCCAGCUUUUCCCUCCUUUUUUGUUUUCUGUCUCUUUUUUUUUUUUUUGCUUUCCUUCCCUUCUCUUCUCUCCCCUCAACUUUCACCUCACAGGUUCUACCGCAGGAGAUGUCAACAGGCUGGUCACUCUUCUCGUCCUCCUCUUCCUCAACCCCUCAUGGGUUCGAGGAGCAGAGGGACUGUGGGUUGUCAGAAGCCCACUCAAUCAGUAAGGAGGUUCGAGAGUUCUGAAUAGUUGUUUUGAUUUAAGGUACCCCUGAGUUCAUGGCGCCUGAGAUGUAUGAGGAGAAGUACGACGAGUCAGUGGAUGUGUAUGCCUUUGGAAUGUGCAUGCUGGAGAUGGCCACCUCCGAGUACCCUUACUCAGAGUGCCAGAACGCUGCACAGAUCUACCGCAGAGUUACCAGCGUAAGUCCCACUGUUACACCCUCCAUUUCACUCCUCUGCUCUGCCUUCAACUCUCCCAAUCUGCCGAGAAGGCUAGUGCCCCAUUCUGGAGUGGUUUUUAAACCCCUGCUGACACCUCUAUUAUAUUUUCAUCAUCUACUUCUUUGGUUUCACCUCGUCAUGUAUCACCAUGAUGACCUUGUAGAAAGCAAACUAUGAGAAUAGAAAAAUACAUAAAAGAAAUUUGUUAACAGUGUGAAACCUCCUUACUUCAUUUCGUGCUUCUUUCUAUCUGUCAUGAAUAGUUCCUUAUGUUGGUCGGGCAUGUAGCCCUGAGGCCUGAAUAAGUGAUAAGAGACUGAACAAGCACAGUCCUGCUGUCUUUUGAACAGCUAAUGAUUAAGUCUUGUGACGAUGCCAACAGGGUGAUCGCUGUCAAAGAAAAGACAUAUUUAUAGUCUUAAUCAUGCAGGCCAUACUGGCUCAUUUUUCAGAUACGUAGUCACCAGUAUGAUUCACACUCUGCAAUUGCAAGCCUUGCAGAUAAAGAAGCUGAACCUGUUCAUAGACUGUUAUCUACAGUACGUGUUUUGAAAUCUAUACCAUUACUCUGUUUAUUAUUAACUGCAAAGUACAAAUACUGAAGUCUUUGCCACGUGAUUUCUGUGCUGGAUGUUUUACCUCUCUUGUAAAGUAUUGCCUUUGUAGCUCUCUUUAUAAUCCACAAAUAGCUCGUACUGCAGAGCACCACACACAGUUGACUCAGUGAAGAAACAAAGUGCUAUUGUGGUGUUGAGUCUACAUUUAGGUAGAGUCACAUGCUUUGGUUUUACAGUAUUAUUCCUUUGGGAUAUUGGCUGUUCUUCUGAUUGUGUCAUGCAACUCUGCUGCUCAGCUUUCAGUCUCGAUUUUCCUGUAGUUCUCCUCUCUGUAGUUAUUCUCUGUGACUUUUGCACUCCCUCGUCUAUCAGUUGACAUUCUUCAUUUUUUAAAUGCCACCCUUAUGAUAUCUAGCAUUUUCUCUGUGGCUUACAUUCCUGGUAGAAUCAUCUUCCUUUUCAUACUUUGACCUUUUAAAAUCAUUUCUAAAUCAGAGGGUGUUUUUUGUUCUUUUUUAAAGGUUGUUAGUUGAAGGUUGUAGUUACCUCUAUCUUGUCAUGUAUGCUGAAAUAGACCACAGGUUAUAUAAAAAAAGACAAAUCCAGAUAAGACACAGAGCUAUCCUCAUUCUGUGUUCUGUGUGUCAUAUAGGGGGUGAAGCCAGGCAGCUUUGACAAGGUGGCCAUCCCUGAAGUGAAGGAGAUCAUCGAGGGAUGUAUUCGCCAGAACAAGGAUGAGAGGUGUUUAACUUGAGUUUCUGUUUAUCAGCUUGAUUGCAAAUAAUUUUCCAGGAAAACAAAUAUUUACUCGCUGCUUGUUUUCCUGAAUUUAGGUACUCAAUCAAGGACCUUCUGAACCACGCCUUCUUCCAGGAGGACACGGGGGUGCGUGUGGAGUUGGCAGAAGAGGAUGAUGGAGAGAUGGAACUUAUCAAGCUGUGGCUGAGAAUCGAAGAUGUGAAGAAACUGAAGGGAAAGUACAAAGACAACGAAGCAAUCGAGUUUUCCUUUGACCUCAACAAAGAUGUCCCUGAGGAUGUGGCUCAGGAAAUGGUAAAUUUCAUUAGUUGUGCUUUAAACUCACAGAACAUUAUAAAGAUGGGGUUCAUUUUACACUUUUCACUUAUGUGCCUCUAAAUUAUGUGUUUUCUUUUAUAGGUUGAGUCUGGUUAUGUAUGUGAAGGUGACCACAAGACCAUAGCAAAGGCUAUCAAAGACAGGGUGUCCCUCAUCAGUCGCAAAAGAGCACAGCGGCAGCAGGUGUGUCUAUGAAAACAAUUGUUCACCUCAUAUAUUUGAAUAAGCUCAGUAUUAAGUUCUUAUCUCACCUUCUUGAUUUGUGUACCUUUACUGAGGUUGUCUGUCUGUGUGUGAGUGGAGGGAUUUUUUUAACAGCCAUCUGUCAUGCAGGUCAGAGAAGAUCAGGAGAAGAGAAGGCUGGAGGAGGAACAGCAGAGUCAGUUACCAGCUACGCAACAGCCAGGUCAACUGUCCAACACUGAGGUGCCCCAGUCCCAACCGGUGCCUCAGCCAACUCCCUAUGUUUCUCCACAACCACCCCAACACAGCAUACAGAUGUCUGCCCAACCCGCACCUCAGCAGGGCAUUCAGAGCUCAAACUACAGCACUCCUCAAUCGACUCAGCUGACAAGCAUGCCGCAAGGGGUCUCUUACGUCCCCCACUCAACUGGGCAAGUACCACCUCCAGUCCAGGGUCAGAGUGUGGCCCCAGUCCUGCCAGAGUCAGAGGAGCCUGAGCCUGACCAACACCAACAACUUCAGCACCCGACAGGAGGUAUGGAUCAACUUGAAUUAAUGGUAAAAAGAGAGGAAAAGGGAACUAUUUAACCAGCUAACAAGCAUCCUCUCUUGUUUCUGAAGUCAAUCACAUAGGAGACCGACAACCGAGUUCCUCCGUCCUUCACGAAGCGCAGCCCCCUCAGCCUGAAAUACCCUUCAGUUCCCCUCCCAGCCAGCUCCCUCAGUCCCAGGUGUCCUGCCCUCCACCCCAAAAUGAACAAACGCAACAGCUGCCAGUGGUAAGUCAUAUGAAGAACAAUAUGGCAGGCGUUUUUCUGUAGGUAUCUGGAUUAUUUCCUCCCUGACAUGUGCCUCUUUAAAAAUCAGUGUUUCAAAAAGGUAUAGGCAAAACUUAUUAGUCUUGUGAAACUAGUCCCCUUAGUUUCUCCAUUUAGGAGUGUUUAAUCUUUACUCUCAAGUUCCUUUCUACUGCAGGCACAGUUCUUGUUGUUUGACUUUUUUUGGCCUAAUUUCCACCAUGUGUUGUUUUCAUUGUCCCUUUGGCACAUAAGGUUCAACCCCAGAUGCAAGGAGUCCAAACUGAAGUGGCUCCAGUUGUGCCCAGCAGCCAGUCUGUUCCAGUGGCCCCUCCACAGGUAAAUACUGUAUGGCAUGUCUUGUUGUCUUUACAGAGCACAGCACUGGAUGAAAAGCUUUUGUUUCACUGAACUUGAGUAAGAGGUUCAAAAUCUGCCGUAAUUAACGACACACCUAACAACAAGUACCUGAGGUUGUUCUGAGCACACCCUGACUUUACUUCUGCAUCGCUGCAGCAAGCGUGAACUUCAACCACUCAGUCAGCACAAACAUGGUUUUCAGGGGGUGAUAAGUUAACCUUUAAAGUAUUUGUUUUCUGCUUCAGGCAGCUGUGUUGAAAGUCACUGAGUGUUCCCAGUCCCAAGUUUCCCAGUCUCCUCUGUCUAUAUUUUUCCACUUUUUACUUUUUUUCCCCCUCAAGUCACCCUCUCUUACCCUGUGUUAUGUUUUGUUUCUUAUAGUACGGAGUUUACUACCAACCAUCGCUUCCCCCUCAGGUAGAUAAAAUGACCCAUUUUCCUGUUACCACUUAGAACAUGUUAUCCUAAAGGCUGUGGGUGUAUUUCUGAGAAACAAAAUGCACUUGAUUAGUAUAAGUAUUGGUCUGCACUGCAGCCUUGGUGGUCAGUUUUUUAUUUCAGGUAGUCAUAAUAUGCUUCUAUGAAUUUUGGGUAUCCAGACAAAAAUAUGAGGAUCUUUGUUCUUUUGAGCUUGCAAAUGAAGUGAGUGUUCACAUGACUGUUGAAUGAUCUAAAGAUGGCAUUGACUUAUCACUUGUCACUGAAACCAAAUUUAAAAGGAUGUGAUAAAUACAACUGUGAUAUUAAACAGGUAAGUAAAGCUGUGGAGUAAAGCAAGAAAAUCUCAGAAAGGUUUAGACCACAUAGAAAUGAUUCUCACAAAGAAUUCUGCAUGCCACUUUAAAUGGCUCAGUUUUUUCUCGAGUCUGUUACCUCUCUGAUUUUAAUCCUAUUUCUGCCUCUCUCUCUCUCUCUCUCUCUCUCUCUCUCUCUCUCUCUCUCUCUCUCUCUCUCUCUCUCUCUCUCUCUCUCUAUUCUCCCUUCUCCUAUAGAUUCCCACCCAGCAGGCGAUGAUACCGCCCUCCUCUCAGACAUCUCUCUCCCAACCGCAGCAACAUCCAGAGAGCAGCACUUCCCUUCCAAGCAGUGUUCUACCACAGGGACAGACUGCAGUGCAGCAGCUACAGGUGACGCACACCUCAGCUGCUUCCCUCUAAACUUUCAAGUGUAUUUCACUGUGCUUCAAGACAAACUCACUGUUUUCAGAGAUUUUCUCUUCCAUUUCACAGUAUAAAUUUCAUCCUCUCUGAUUUUGUUUUUGUGUUUUUAAGUUUUGUUUUUAUUGUUUUUUCAAAAUCUGACACUAUCAUGGCUAUCCCCCUUUUUUCUACCACUCUUCUUCUCUGCAUGCUGCAUACUCCUGCAUGACUAUUAGUCUUGGGCCAAUGAUCCAAGUCCUCCUAUCAUGUCACCUCCAGUGAAUGCAGAGCACCUUUACUUCCUCUAUCAGGCCUCAUGCCUCUCUGUUCUGCAGGUACUCUACAGAGCAAAAAAAACAAGUUUGUGUGGGUGUACGUAUGUGGGUCAAGUGUGAAGCAUUUGUUUAACACCGUUUCCUGUUCCUUUUCCUGUUCCUUUCAUCCUUUGCGCCGAUAUCUUCAGGGCAUAAUAUUUUGAAUAGAUUUGUCAUUUAAAAAAAGCCACAAAUUCCUUUGAACUGUAUUUAUGAUAGAGCUUUAAUAAACAUAUCAUAAACAUACCAGCACAGACAAUAAAGAAACUAUUGAGCUGUGUGACUUAAACAACCUCACACCCUCCAGGCUAUUUUGAAGACCUUACCUCUCAGGGGGUUUACUUUGACCUUAAAUUCUCGUAAAUAAAAAAAUUCAGAUAUGAGCAGAAAGACGUCUAUCAUAACCAUUUUUAUUGACAACUACAAAAUUCUCGUUAUUGUGAGUGGCUGCAGUGCUGAAACUAAAACGUUGUAGAUCGGCAGUAGUUUGUAAAAAUCAAGCGCAGCCGAGCAAAAUGGCCACAUUCAGAAGAAUAUUGAAUGAGAACCCAGUUUCACAGUUUUAUUUACACUCUGCCUGAGAGCCGAAUAAUGGCGUCCAUGUAGCGACCACAAUAAGUGUACCCCUGUUGAGUAGCUCCCUCUGGUGGAUGGUUUGGUUGAUAUGUUACUUUCCUCCUAGAUAAUUAAACACGAUAAAAAUUAAUGGGUGAAUGACAUGAAUGAGCUAAAUCAUAAUUGGUCGUGAUGUAAAUGCCUAAAGCUGUUUGUAAUGACGAAUCCCCAAACUACAACACUUCCUUUUUCAACAUUUGACUUUGACACGAGUUGCAUUGGUUUAUGCAUUUAUAUACUGUUGAUUUCUGUGUUUCAGGCCCCUGCAAGUGUUCCUCAGUCUUUACCAGCCGAGCAGCCUGCAGGAUCCUCUGCUAUCGUGCCCCCAUCUGUGGAGAGGUAAGUGGAGAAGAGAAAAAAAGAAACCGCUGUCUUUGUUAGACACACCGGGUCAGAUCUCUCUCUCAUGGCUCCUUUCAUCCUCAGCUGCCUGUCAGAUGCAGCUUCAGGUCUCAGUGACGGCAAUGAUGGAAGUUCUACAUCUGGAGGGCGCCACGAGGGACGAUCACUGAAGCGUCAUCAGCGGCGAUCAGUUCGCAGCCGCUCCCGCCACGAGAAGACUGCGAGGGCCAAGCUGAAUGUUCUCAGUGUACGCGCUCAAAGUGAUGAGUUCAUGAAGAUUCUGUUGAAGGGUAUAGUCUCUGAACAUGUUUAACCUUAACGAAUGUUUUGCAGAUCUCUAAUGUGGGAGACAGAGUAGCAGAAUGCCAGCUGGAAACACACAACAGGAAGAUGGUCACAUUCAGAUUUGACCUUGAUGGUGAUAAUCCGGAGGAGAUUGCGCAGAUCAUGGUAGGACUUGUUCUCCUCUGCUCAUUCAGGAAAUUUCUGUCCAAACUAAAAAUGAGCAGAUGGCUUCUUUCAUUGACUUUUGUUUUUGCCAUUGCAAAAGUUAAAAAAAAAAAUCUCCCAUGACUUGUUUUAGGUUGAGAGUGAGUUCAUCUUGGAGAGUGAGCGGGAGUCUUUUAUCGAGCAGGUCCGUGAAGUGAUAGAAAUGGCUGACGAGAAAGGAGAGGGCAUGAAGGAAGGCUUCCCACAGGUAUUUCCAAACCUCACAACAACAUCGCUCCACCAAUAUAAUACUGAUAUAAUUGUUAAACGUUUUGAUCCACAUUAGCUGAGCCAUUAAUACCUGCUUUUUUUAAAAUCUAUUUGCAGAUGAAAGGUCAACAGCAAGCCGAGCUGUCUGUUCCCAUGCUGCCAGGUUAACAAGCUUUUAUCCAGCAAUACAAAUCUCUACCUCAAUUUGAGGGUUUUGAAGUCACACUUAACCUUUUUUCUCUAUUUUCUCAGGUAUUUCCCCCAGUACCACAGCCCAGGUGGUGCAUUCAGCUGGACGAAGGUUCAUAGUCAGCCCGGUGCCUGAGUCUCGCCUGAGGGAACAGUUCUUCGGGGCUCCCUCUGCUAACACUUCCUUCGGAGAUGAUCCUGCCCCAGGUAAGAGAAAAAAACUGAUGAUGCACUGCAAAGUAAGUCAUGUCAUGAUGAAUGAAGAUCAACUUGAAUUUGGCUUCAGCUGAUGAGGAAAAUUGAUAGAUACAAAGAUGCUUUGCUUGGUGAACGACAAAGCUAACCCUAUACCAGCAAGAUCUAAUUUCAGUAAAACUGGUCUCUGGACUUUAACUUAACAUAAUGUGUUUUCCCUACAAGACAGUUAACUCACUGCAGAUAAUUAGCAUUGAGUAUUUACUCAGACCAUGGAAUAAGCAAACCAUCCAUUAGUGAAGGCACAAAUCAAUGCCAUGCACUCAGUGUGGCGCUGCACAAACCACUCCUGCUGUAAGAAACAGCCCCAACAGAUGUUAGAGGUAAUCUUUAUGUUCGUCUGAUGCGGGUUGAGAUGCUAACACAAUCUAGUUGUGGUGGUGGUGCCAGCAGAACCAUGAUGAUGGAGCUGGUUAACCAGCAGCUUCGGUUAAACGAUGCUGUUAGUCCUGCACUGUUUGUCAGAUAAGAGGAAACAGUUGUAUCUUGUUCUUGGAGUAUCUGCACAAACCUGUUCUUAUGCUGGAGGAGCUUCUCUAUGACUGUUUUCCCCAUUUAUCUGCAGAAAGAGAUGUAUUGGGGACUUUACAGGGAUGUUCCUCGAAUUUAGAAAUUUGUUGAUGCCCAUUGGAAGUGGUAUUUACAGUAAUAGGGAUGAUGGCUGUUUUGUAGCCUAAAUCACAUAAUCCUAACACCUGAAAUUGAGGAUUUCACUCAUUCUGCUGAUCAUGUAGUCUCCUGAAUUGACUAUCUAUCUAGUCUAACUAUCAACUGUUCCUGAUACUCAAAAUACUCAUGAAUUAUUUAAUGACUUUUAUUUUUCUUUUCAGCAGCCCCCUCUGUGACUCUGGGGCUUUCUCUGUCUGCUCCCUCUGGGAUUCUGCAGCAGGCUUUCAGUAAGAUAAGGCAGGAACGUGGAGAGAGAAGCAACACCCUCGAUCUGCCUGCUGUUGAGCAACAACCGGAAACUAAACCGUCCACUGAGGCUGCACUUGGUCCAAGCUCUAACAAUGUCCUGCCUCCUCCAGAAGCUCCUGCCUCCACGGCUAGCUCUACAUUCCCGGCAACCUCCUCGCCAUCAUCCUCGACUGGGAGAGUUUCACCGUCACCUGCAUCCAGUCAGUCCCAGACUUCAGCUCCUGUCGCCAGUGAUCCCAGUCCCCCUCCACAGUCUCUCCAUGAAACGGUGCCAUCCCAGCUCCCACCAGCCGGAAACAUCCCUCCUUCAUUAGCCACGGUUUCUCCUCCAUCCACGCAGACCUCGGUCCCUGCAGCACCUGGACCUCAGCCAAGACGCAGCUCUGUUUCAGGCUCUUCACUCGCUAAUGUUGCACCAAGCAGUAGCAGCGCUGUUGUUGCUCCCGAGCAGCAGCUUCCUCAGCCUGUUAAUUCGUCCAUCCAUGCACCACAGCACACAACGUCCCAGGGUCAACCCGUCCCCAUUUCAACCCAGCCCCCUCCACCCAAUCAGAGCCAGGUCCAACCACAGCCAGCAGAGUUAGAGGGGGCGGAGAUCCAAAGCAAAACUGCAGGUAGGGAUGAUAUCCAAGCUCUGGAUAAGAAACUGCGGUCUCUCUUCAAAGACCAGAGCUCUGCCUCCACCUCUGCAUCUAUGGAUCCCGGGCAGAGCACAGGCACUGCUUCUCCUCCCACUGGUACUUCUUCGCCUCCACCUGGAGCUGCUCUGAUGCCUCCGUCUAACCUUCCACUUCCCUCUGGAGUACAGAGUGUUCUUGGUCCCUCCACUGGUCCUGGACAGGGAAUCAAUCCUGUGCGGGACAUGCACAGACGCCUCCGACUAAGCCCAGGGCACAGGUUAGAGAAAACUCCAGCCGUUCAAAGAUAUAAAGUUAAAUCUCGUCACUGAUAUUCAAAUGCCUCAAAUUUGCCUUUUUUGUUGUUUUCAGACUUUACCCACUGGUUUUGACCAAGCUGCUACACCUCCUUCUGACCUAAUACCCCCAUUUCCUGGACCAAAUCAGGUGCCUUAUAUCACACCACCUGCUCUAGCAAUUAGAAAUGGACUCAUACUCGAUUAUUUCUAAUUCCCUGUUUGUGUGAUUCUACAGUCGCAGCAACCCUUGGGUAAUUUGGAUGCUGAAUUGAGGAGAGCCUUGAGCCCUGAGACUGUUCAAGGUGGAAACAGAGUCCAGGCCCCAGCGGCAGGGUUCACUCUGGGACGUUUCCAAGUAUGUUUAAGUUGAAGCAUAACAGCGUAAAAGCUCCGCCUCAGUGAACUGCUGAGUUUUUUUCAUUCAGUUGAUCCCGCUUCUCUCUCUCUCUCUCCCUCAGGUGUCUGUUGCCACUGAUGGCGCACCAGAUCCCUCCAGCGUUGUUUCCUCAGCUUCACUCACACCGUCCUCGACCACCUCCUCGUCCUCCUCGUCUACAUCGUCGUCUUCACCUUCAAGUCCAGAAAAUACCCUCCAUCGGUCAUCCUUUCUACCCAAAGACAUUAGUGAAACUGACUCUGCAAAUCGAGCCUCAUCUGUCCCUGCUGGUCCUGCCGGUCAGCCCACCACUAUUGGUCGCUUCCAAGUGUCCGCAAGCGCCAAAGCCACAUCUGAACCGACUGCUGGCGCUAAAGUGGGACGCUUUUCCGUCACAGGUGUGUACCAGAGUCACAGCAGAGUAGCUAACUAUGGAUGCCUAGAUGUCAGCACUUUUUGCUUAUGGCUUGUACAACUCAGUGUCCAACUAAACUGUAACACACCACACUACUUUCUGUUGCUAAUUUUGUGUGUUUGGUUUCCCCCCCAAGUGACCCCAGCCCCAGCUGAAGGACCCAGUCCCUCAAAUGGCUCCAGUAUGCAGAACGGACCCUCGUCUUCAACCUCUGAUGCGCAAAACCCACACGCUCACUACAGUAGUGACAACAAUGAUGAUUCUGAGAAUGAGGACGAAGCUUUACAGAAUGAAAUAAGCCGUCUGCGAGAGAAGUAAAUCACAUCAUCACUCAUACAUGACAUCACCUUUAGUUUCUUCUCAUGUUUCUGCGUCUUUAAUGGAAGUAUUUUGACGUGUGUGUUUCCUUCUGCUCACAGACACAUGAUGGAGAUCCAGGCUUUGCAGACUCGUCAGAAAGAGGAGAUCGAAGCCCUCUUCACACGGAUGGGAAAACCUGCUCAGCCCUCCGUCUUGUCCCCUGCUGGCGCCAUGGCUGGAGGCCGACGAAGGCGCAAAAGCCACAAGUCGACUCGCAGCAGUGGACAGCCCAGCCCCAACCAUUCAGGUGAGAUCACAGCUUCUUAGAAUAAGGGAAAUACUGACUUAGAUGUCAAUGGGAACGUUUUUUUUGUUACGAUGCAAACACUAAGACUCCAAACUGUGCUCACAUGUUCAGGAUCUCCGGCCUUGGCUCCGAAUCUUCACAGUUCUCAGUCCCCUCCAAAGCAAAGUUCUCAAACAUUAGAAGCCUCACAGGCAGAAACACGGCCGUCCAUUCCGUCGUUAAGGUCUUCCCCCUCCAUGCCCAGCCUAAGUAGCUGCUCCACAGGUGAGCAAUUGAUCUUGUCACAAUGAGCCUGUUCGAUCGAUCCCUUGAAUUCAUGCUCUAGUUUACAUCGUAUUUCUCCUUUUUUAGGACCUAGUGGGACAAGCUCCACAAACGGCUCAGGCCACUACCAGAACAGUUCCACCUCUCUGACCCAGGCAAGUGGACCCACUCCUCCCGCCUCUCUGAACCAGAAGGGCAAGGGCACCUUCACAGAUGACCUGCACCAGCUGGUGGAUAACUGGGCCAGGGACGCCAAAAGCCUCUCCCAGGGCAAGAGAUGUCCUCGAACUGGAGCACCGGCAACGCUAGGACAUGAUGUAAACAUUUAGUACUUUGAGUGUAGAAACUAUCCUGUUGUUGGAGCAUAUUAUGACUAAAUAUGGUAACAUUGUAGUAACACGUUCUCUUAUUUCCACCACAGAUCAUCUCUCCUGCUAAUAUGGGCCGUAAAUUCUCAGCCCCGGGGUAUCUGUGCCCAUCGCUUCCUACGCCCUCCAACACAUCGUCCUCCACCAGCUCCUCUCACCUCCAGAAUCCAACCAACCCUCCUGUUGCUGUGGGGCCCCGUAAAGGCUCUCUGGGCCCUGUUGCCCAGGGCUUUGGAUACGCGUCACCCCCUUACAGCACUCCUCAGUGGGCGGGACCCACGGGCACCUGCCAGGUCAGCAUGCUUAAUCCCCCACAGCCACUAACACAGUACCAGCCACCAACGACAGUUUCAGUCUCCAUGCACCAAGGCUACCACAUUGGAACCACACCAGCCCCCCACAAUUCAGUCACCCCAGGAGGGUCCAACCUGAGGCCCACAUAG